UCGAACUAAACGCUGGAAAGGAGAGACUACUCAUCGUGAAUUGGAAAUUAGAUGGGUGCUGAGGUUAUUGAACUGUCGUAGGAUAAUGUCACACCAUUGAGUGAACUAUCAUUCUCUCGUAUUUGUAUCUACGAGGAUUCGGUGUCUAUAAAAAUAUUGGUACGGCAAUAGAGACGCGAAAGAUGAAUGUUGGUAGCGUUUCUCGAGGUCAACGCACUCCAUACAGAAAAAUUAUUUGAUUUUACACCCUAGAAAGCCUAUCGUAAUGAUCGGGAUCUGAUUGCUACAGCACGAGUGAGUGCAAAUCUCAUCAGCUGAAUCUCUGGUUAGAUUUGUGAUACAAUUGUCUCGAAUCAAUCGGGAACAAGGCCUUGGAAUCCAAAGCAAAGAGCACCUAGCACCAUGGCUGAAGGAUCUUCCAGCCCAACUGGAUUAAAGUCUUCACUUUCAGCUAAUGAUAUUGACAAACCACUCAAAAAGCCUGGCAAGCUGUCCUUAGAAUUUCUCAGUAAGUUUGAAUCUGAUCCAGCAUUGCCCUCAGGAGCUGAGGGAGGUUUGGCACCAGGCUCCAGUGGUGAUGUAUCCAGAUCAACUGAGAAUGUAAAGACCAAGACAUCUCACGUUCGUAUUUCGCUCCCUGAGAAAGACAUGAGUAGUCAAGAGGAAGUUAUGUCUGAAGAUGAGCAAGAUGACAAGCAUGAGAAAAAAAGACGUUCAAGGUGGAAGCUUCCAAGUUGGAAGAGGGUGAGGAAAUUCUUCAGCCGUAAAAAAAAUCCCAAAAGAACAAAGUCCUGUGAAGAUCUACCAGAGGAGACAUACAAACCGAUUGGAGCAGCCAUUGGAGAGAGAUCAGGGGCCAGCAACCUUCGCUACAGAGCCAAAUCAGACCCGAUGCUAGGGUCUGAAGUAAAGAAAAGACCUGCUAGUGUGGCUGUUGCUUCAGUGCAUAAAACAGAAGUAGCACGUACUGUUAGUAUGCCUCCUCCCGUUUUUAAGAAACCAGAUAGCCUGUUGAAGGAGCUUAAAAAUCGACAAGGUGGCAGCCAUGAAAACAUGCAGGAGGAGGAGGGGCUAGAGGUGCAGAGGGGACCUACCAAAGCGGCCUCCCUCCCUACACUGUACUCACCAGUAUAUGGUUCAUUUGAGACUCUUAGUGGUGGAGCGGAAGGUGCUGUGGACUUUGAUACGCGCGCCAACACAUCUGUAGAAAAACUACAAGCAGCUCAUGAUAAAAUCAAAGUAAAGCCCAAACAUCGACGCCCCCCUUCACGUGUUAGGACCUCAUCACAAGUCUCAACAGAGCCCCCUAUCAAAAAGGAUCCUACCCACCACAAGAGAUCAACAACGUUGCCUAAAGACCUAAAAGUGCACACAACCGCACAGGAAAAGAAAAGUGUGGCCGAAGAUACGAUAUUGGAAGGAAGCGAGGAAGGUUCCUCGGAAAGUUCGCCAUCCUCGGUCAGUUCGCCAAUAAAUAAAAAGAGCACAGAGCGAAAGGAAGAUGUGAUGGGUGAGAUUAUGUCUGAUGUUGAUAGAAUCUUGUCAGAGACGAGAAAUCCCCCAAAACUUGCAGUUUCAAAGGCAACUUUUUCUCGACAGUCAACUGAGAAAAAAGAAAGGUCUGAUUCGCUCCGCGUUGAAAAGAAGACAACAGACGCUGCGAAGGCUACUGAAAAUACAAAAACACCACCACCUACAACUGAAAAACCCCAUCAAGGUUUAGAACCCACCACAUCAUCCAGCGCAUCAACUGAAAAGCCUAUUAAAGCAAAGACGCCUCCCCCCGUAUCGAAAAAACAACCAUCGCCUAAAUUAUCUGAGAAAAGAAUAAGUUCUUUGGGGAGCUUAAAAUCUGCUAAAAUCAACCAUGAAUCUCAGGAUGGAGAAAACAUCGAUGGCCCACACAAAACAGAAACGCCGGCUUUUAAGAAACAGACCUCUGAACACCUUUCAUCAUCAGAGAAAAGAUUUCAGAACUUAAAGUCAGCUGAUAAUGGAAAAGACGAAAUCCAAAAAGUUGUACUUCGAAAAGUUGAGCGAAGUCAUUCAAAGAAAGAGGAGGACAGUAAGUCUACCGACACUGUCAAGGAGGAGAGUUUUAAUGUAAAAACACUCAAACAAAGUUUAAAGGAAAAAGAUAUGAGCCUCGAGGGUGAGGAUACAAAUGAGUCAGACAAAAUCACCGAGAUGCGCAAAGAUAAUAAGUUUGAUUCCAAAGAAACGAGCGAGGGUAAAAAGAUCGCUUCUAAGCCUGUCAUCAGACGAGGCCAAUCUUGGAGUGUGAAGAUCGCCACCCAUUCCCAAGAGUCAGUUCUCAUCCUUGAUCAGUCUAAAAACGAGCUGAAUAAGAGCAAAUCUGGGCAAACUCCACCCCCGCCCGCAAAAAUCGAGGCUGUAAAGCAACAGGAAGUUCGGGGACGAACGAAGUCGUGGUGUGUUCCACCAAGUAACAGGGACACAAAUGACAACAAGGACGAAAAGCCACCCAUGGAGGAUGCUGGGAAAUCUACACCGCCCGCUAAGGAUUUCGUGGUAGCGACUGACCAGCCUGCUUGGAUCGCUAUGGCCAAUAGAAAGUCAAAGCGGGCUUCACAGAUCCUCCAGGAUGGUAACACUACCAGUGAACAGAAGCCGAUCAUCAUAGGUGACGUCAAGGAGAAAAAGUCUCCCGAGUCGCCCACGCAUGUCACCCCGGCCGCGCUCAAAAUGUCCUGGGAAGAGAGCAAAACUAGAAAAACCGCUGAACCCUUACAACGCGCCGAAUCUUCCAAGCCUCGCGUUUCCGAGCCUAGCAACAAAUCUAACAUUCAGCGCGACAGGCGCUCGCUGCAAGAGCCCGUCAAGAGUGCGUUCGGAGGCGCGAAGGUAGACAAGUGUGCGGUGUGCGGGACCACUGUGUAUCAGAUGGAGAAGUGCAAGUUUGAUGACUGCAUACUCCACCGCCAGUGCAUGAAGUGUGUCGUCUGCAAGAGACACCUCACCGUGGGGAACUUUGUGAUGACAGAGAGCAAGAUUUAUUGCAACUCUCAUAGCCAGAGUGUCAUGGUGUCAUAAGAGACAAAGGUUUGCGAGUAUUCGUGUACCAGAAUGCUAUGCGAACGUCUUUGAGCCCAGAAUACCUCGAUAGCGUAUCGAUCCCAGGAUAUUUUGCAACACAAGAACACGAUCUUUAGGCCGAGUACUUACUAGUUUGUAUGUUCCAGAAUACUUAGCGUGUGAAUCUGAUCCCAGAAUGCUUUUCCAGUGUCUUGAGCCCCAGGAUGCUUUGCAGGGAAACUUGACCCCACAACGCAUAGUGAGUCUCUAGGGGCGUCGAUAAGUACCAUUUUCAAUAACAUAGACACGAGAUAAAUAUUUUUAUUAUACGCCAUCUCACAAAGAUAGGUUUAUUUUACUUAUAAAUUAAACAUUAAAUUAGUUUUAUCACACUCACAUGAUUUAAAAAAGACAAUAAACGUACAAAACGAUCGCAACAAAAAAACGUAAAGAAUGAUGUCAACAAUGUUGUAUAAGACGUUGAAUUAAAACAAGUUUCUAGAA